CAAUUUUCAAGCGACGCUUGUCAGUUUGAUUUGCAAAUAAAUUGGGUUUAGGAUGAUUUGUUUAAAUUUAAAUUAUACUUAAUUAUAUUUUUUAAUUAUGUCGUUAGGAUUCUUGAGCGAGUGGGGCGCCGCCGCCGAAUGCCGAGCUACGCGGCUCUGGGCCGCAGCCUCCACUCCCGCGCGGGCUUCACCGACGCUCGAUUGCAGUCCUUGUCGCUGGCUGCGGUCCAGGUCCUCGCCUGUCAGAGCUGAAGCUGGCGAAGACCGAACACGUAACCAGAGUCGCGAGAGUAGUCCAGCCCCGCACGGCAGGCCGGGCAGGGACGGCAGCACCCUGGUAUGUGGAUACUCCACGACAUUCAGGCGAGACGGGGGUGCGCGGUACAUCACGCGUCCCCCCCCGCGCCCCGUGCGACUCCUGCGGGCGCCCCCAGACUCUACACAUCCGAUCACCGUACAGAAGCGCUGCAGCCGCGAGGGUAGGCACGUAGCGGCACAGACGCUGCGCACUCUGAUAGCAGCACUCCCGCUGGACGCGCCGCCCCUGUGCUGCCCUGCGCGACACUCCGCACUCGACAACGCGACGCCUUCGCAGGGAACCGAUCAGGGAGAGAUGUUUUUGACGCCAACUGCUGACAUCAGCUCGCACGGCACUCAUGUACCGACACAUGCCGAGUGCGCGCCGCCGCGGACCCGCCGGGCCAGCGUCGCCGUCCAGGCCUCUCUAGCUUCGACUGAGAAUCCAGACUAUCUGCAGACGGAGUCUAGCAGCCCAGGCGGUGGCCCGCGCGAUACAGACACGAGACCCGACCCCACUGACGCCUGUGAUGAUGAGUGCAAGAACGCAACGUGGAGGCACGGAGUCCGCGCGCUCAGGGACGCUCACAUGCGCCUCGCGCGCCGCCACCUGCGCCUGCUGGACACGCUCAGCCGCGCGCUGGACCCAUCGCCGCGCGCUCACAGGACCAGGGCGAGUGCCAACAAACUGCGUCUUUGAAAUUUGUGAUUAAUACAUUAUAGCGAUUUUAUAAAUGUCUUUGAAUACAUACACCGUCGUACCUAUUGUACUAUCUAUGGAAUGAUCUCGCUAUCCGAAAAAUAGGUACAAUGCAUUGUCACGAAGCUCAUGUCGCGAACCACACUCACGAAUUUCAUAAAUAUAAAAUUUCCGAAAAUA